AUGACGAAGAUCGAAUUUUUCAAAAAGACGAGUAUCUGGUGGGUCUUGCCGAUCAGUUUCGGAAUGAGCUUGCUCGGCUGGUGCGUUUACGAGCCAUCUUCAGUGCCCCACAAAGAGCUCGGAAUCCUAGGCAAGCUGACCAGGGAGCUCGUUGACAACUACCCUGUUCUAUUGCAAGUCACGUGGUAUGCCGCUGUUGCCGCGCAUGUUGGCGAGGCUAUUUAUGCGUAUAAACUUGCAUCCAAAAUGAACAUCAAGGAACAAUUCUGCAAGGCCUGGUUCGUCCAAACUCUAUUUUUUGGCUACGCAUCGCUCAUGCAUCUCAAAGAAUUCGAGGGCGAGCAAAUCAAAUCAAAAUGA